AUGAUUGAUUCGAUGAUCAACAACAAGAGACGUUCUGAGGGCGACCUCACAGAUCGUGAUGCUUUUUGGGAAAUACUCCGCAGCAAAAAGUGCAAUGAUCACCGAGUCGUGCAUCGACUAGAGUCCUCUUUAUCGGACCAUAAGAGGAGAUGUGUUAGGCAGAUAGCUAAACACCAAGCGUUUUACAACGCCUUCAACCAUUUGUCACGGAUCCCGGGUCUGCGAUCGGGCCUGGUCAUCGGCAACCUUAACAAACUCAUCGCCCUCAAAUGCGACGAGGAAGUUGUGAGCUACCUCGAGCACAUAUACUACACAUGGCUGCAUCUUGCCGGGAAUAAUGAGUCAAAUCUCGGAAAGAUUGAUACAUUCACUGUCAAGUCUGUGGAGCUCCGGUGCCCUAGAUUUUCAGCAGAGGAUGAAAGAUUGCUUCGGAACGCAGUUCUGGACGGUCGUGUCUUCAGGCUUUUCGACAAAUCUGAGCGAAUCAUCAUUUGGAAGAACCUUUGUUCCAUCGACUCUACGAUUCCAUCACUGACAACAUUUUUCAACGACGUCAAGUACCUUGAAUUGUGCGCAAAGUGGAUGAAGCGUUUGGUUGCUAUACCUCAGGAUGGACACACUGUGAGGACUGCAUUGACGAGGGCCUUCAAGCAUUCGAUAAGAGAUGAAAACCUGUAUCCAAUCGAGGAGUCCGACAUGACUUUCUCCUACCGACCUGUUGAGGUAGACGCUCGUCUCCAGCUUGGAAUGCGGCAGUUAUGGCUUUCGACGAUGAGAAAUUUCCGACAGAUGGAAACGAAUCCAAGCUUACUUCCCAAGCUGGCGAGUCUGGCAUCGGAACUGGGGUUCGAUACGAACGAUAUCCGUUGCCUGAAGUCUAUGUCUCCAGAUUUGGAGGUUGCACAGCAAGCAUUGACAAUGGCUCGGCCACCGAAAGACUAUAUUUACGAUGUUCUGAGCUUUCAAGCUGUGGCCGACAAAAUUGCCCAUACGUUCCCAGACCUUCAGCAAAAUGAUUCUGCUCAGGAGUCACCCGAGUUUUUCACCGAUGCCUAUAGUUCGAAAUACGAUUCUCGGCCGUGGCUGAAUUAG